UUUGCGAUCAACGUUUUCCAUAGUAAUCAUCGAGCAGUACUAUUUCUGUUGAUCUCAAUACAUACAUAAACUGUAAAAUCAUUAACAGGCAGAAACUUCUGCAACUUGAUUCAUGGCGCCUCAAAAUCCAGAUCCUCUCUUCUUCUUCAUCCUUCUCCUUCCCUUCACGAGCUCACUCUCUUUCAACUUCUCAUCGUUCAGUCAGAACACUCUGAAUUCGAUAGAAUUUCAAGGUGAUGCAUUCUUGAACCAAGUCAUUCAGCUGACAAAGAAUGAGCUCGGUGUAAAUAUCACCCAGAGUACAGGAAGAGUUUUGUAUCGUGAGCCACUUCUUCUUUGGGAUUCAAACACCGGUGUGGUAACUGACUUCACGACACACUUUUCAUUCAUCAUCAACGCCUUUGAUAAUCCGAUAUAUGGUGAUGGGCUCACAUUUUUCCUUGCACCUUAUCCUUCUCUCCUUCCUAGUAACUCGUCUGGAGGUAACCUUGGUCUUUUUAGCGAAAAUUCAUCUUAUCAAGCAAAUAAUAGUUUCGUGGCGGUCGAGUUUGAUACUUUUCAGAAUGAAUGGGAUGCGAGUACUGAUCAUGUAGGAAUUGAUGUCAAUUCGAUCAAAUCUGUUGCUGCGAUCAAAUGGAGUACUAGUAUGAAGGAUGGGAGAAUUGGGAAUGCUUGGAUUAGUUACAAGGCCAGUUCUAAAAACUUGAGUGUGUUUUUGACCUACGAAAACAGCCCAGCUUUCAGAGGGAAUUGGAGCCUUUCUACUGUUGUUGAUCUGAGGGAAAAAUUACCUGAUAAAGUAGCAAUUGGCUUCUCAGCAUCAACAGGUCAUGCUACUGAGAUCCAUAACCUUUUAUCAUGGGAAUUUGACUCAAAUCUGGCGGUUAAAAAGAAAAAAAAGAUAGGGAAGGUUAUGGGAGUGGUUGUCUCAAUAGGAGUUACAAUGUUUGCCUUGGGCUUAGUCUGGUUUAUUUUGCGGAGAAGAAAACCGAGAAAGCAAGCGCAGAAUGAGGAGUUUGAGUAUGAUGCAAGCCUUGACAAUGAAUUUGAGAAAGGGAGGGGGCCGAAAAGAUUUUCCUUUACUCAAUUGGUUGAAGCUACAAAGAACUUUGCCAAAGAGUUGAAGCUCGGAGAAGGAGGAUUUGGAGAGGUCUACAAGGGUGUUCUAAAUGAUUCGAAGCUUGAAGUUGCAAUUAAAAGAGUCUCUGCAGGUUCAAAGCAAGGUAAAAAGGAGUACAUGGCUGAAGUUAAGAUUAUAAGCCAAUUAAGGCAUCGAAACUUAGUUCAACUCAUUGGUUGGUGUCAUGGGCAGGGAGAAUUCCUACUGGUAUAUGAGUUCAUGCCUAAUGGAAGCCUCGAUUCUCAUAUCUACAACAAAAACCACUUCUUGGCUUGGCCUCUAAGAUACAAAAUUGUGCUAGGUUUAGCAUCUUCCUUGCUCUAUUUACAUGAAGAAUGGGAGCAAUGUGUAGUUCAUCGAGACAUCAAACCAAGUAAUGUGAUGCUUGAUUCUAUGUUUAAUGCAAAAUUGGGGGAUUUUGGGCUUGCAAGGCUCGUUAAUCACGAAAUUGGAUCACAGACUACUGUUCUAGCUGGAACAAUGGGAUACUUAGCACCUGAAAUUGUAACCACUGGUAGAGCUAGUAAAGAAUCUGAUGUCUAUAGUUUUGGAGUUGUUGCUCUAGAAAUUGCUUGUGGUAGAAGACCAGUUGAUCCAAAGGAGAGUUUAGGUAAAGUGAAAUUGGUAGAGUAUGUUUGGGAUCUCUAUGGCAAAAGAAUGAUGCUUGAAGCCGCAGAUACAAGAUUGAAGAUGGAUUUUGAAGAGAAGGAAAUGGAGAGGUUGAUGAUUGUAGGAUUGUGGUGUGCACAUCCUGAUCAUAAUUUGAGACCCUCCAUUAGGCAAGCGAUCAAUGUCCUGAAAUUUGAAGCUCCAUUGCCAGAGCUUCCGAGCAAAAUGCCCGUGCCUGUGUUUUAUGCGCCUCCUAUUGAUAUAACUAAGUUUGGAUUUAUGUCGUCCACUGGAGUUUUGAGUAGUUUGGAUUCUGUGUCAACUGGGUAUACUUCGAAUUCUUCGAGGUUAACUAUGUCUUCGAAUUCAUCUUCUUCUGCUUGCUUGCUGAAAUCACACAAAACAGAAUUGUAACAUUAGAUUGCAAUAGGUUGGAGGACUUCUUUUGUAAUUUCUUUUGUGCUGU